AUGUCUGCUUCUACUGAUUCAAAGCUAAACCCUACAGACACUCUGGUCCAAGAUAAGUUGAGCUAUUGUCCACCGCGCUUUACCCUUGCUGGAUUAGCAGCUCUCUACUCCAACUCCAACUUCACACUAGGAUUCAGCAAUGCAGAGCGUCAAGCAGCUGCUCGUGCGCUACUCAAAAAUGAGUCACAUCUUGAUGGCACACACUACCAGACGAGAACACUUGGUGGUCUUCAUCCUGCUUAUGUAGCCUUCAACAAGAUUCCAUCGUUCACGGAGAGGCAGAGCUUGACUCAUGAGGAUUUUGUCGAGGCGGGUCUUGAAGAUGUGUUUGAUGCACUUGCUACUCAAGAUCGUCUUGAUGGUGGGCUGUCUCUUCUCAUUCGCUGCCCCGGAUCUCAUAUCACCGAGACCGUCACUCCCAAUUGUAUUGCAGUCGACCUUUAUGUCACUCCACGAGAACUGCAAGAGGCACCUAAACAAAUUGGAGGAGACGUCUCCGUCCUCGUGCAGGCGUUCUGUGAGGAGUUUGCAAUACCCCAUCUCAAGCGUUUUAUGGAGCGUUGCAGCAAAGAAGAUAUCACACCUCCGCAUCGGUGUACGUUCGAAUUCAUUUUUUUAUCUGCUUCUGACAUAUCCAACUACUGCUACAGAUGCUGCAACUCCAGUGAACCCAACUGGCAUCCCGUCCUUACCUGCACCAUUGUGCCCUACUGGGGCUCAAAUUCGAUGUUCGGCUCGCUCUCCCAAACAGUUUCAGUGCGACUUUGUCAUUGCUGCUUCGCCCAAGCCACCUAUGCCACCAAACUUGAAGUCAGCAGCUGUGAAGCACGCCACAGCCUUGGCUUCUUCAGGCUCCGCCGGAAGCCCCAAGAUUAA